AUUCUUUUCACUAAUAUACCUAUAUAUAUUGUAUUUCAACUCACCUAACUACUAUUUUUAUGGUUUUUUAAACUCAAAUCCGGCUUAAGUACCGACUAAACUUGGGGUCCAAUCCCACUGUUUACUAGCGGGGGCCCACUUGAAGCCAGGAGCAAAACCUUGUAUAGACUGACACAAGACAGGAAUUGUUGGCACUAGGGAGAUUCGAACCUAAGAUUUAGACAUGAGCACGCUUCUGAGUUCCAAGCCUUCACCACCGGGCUUUCACUAACUAAUUAAAUCAUUAUUCUAGAAACGUGCAAAACUCAAAUGAGACAAGCAGGGUACUAAACAACAGCAAUUUGUCCAACACUACAUCAAAUCAUAUCUGACUACUAUAAAUCACUUUGUAAUAUUAGUUCCUAAAAUAUCUUGACGAAUAUCAGUGCAAUAAGAUGUGAUUGGAUUGGCUGCAUAUGUAAACCAUUUUUUACACAGACAAUGCAUUAUUUGUAAAGAAAUAGUUGUAGAAAAGGGGUGAUUUACCUUUGAGAGUUAAACUGAACAAACAUCGUCUCCAAUACUUUCCAUUUAGUUAUUAGCUGGAAAAGAAAACAAUGAGAAGGGCACAAUGGGUCUAUAAAGGAUUUUGCAUCUACAAAGUAUACCUUAUAUAUAUAAUCAAACCUUCCCUCUUUUUCAUAACUCUUUGCCACUCACACUUACUUUACAACCAAAAACAAUUCAGAAGAAUGGGUGAUUUACAGAUUCAACAAGAAUCCAUGUUGAUCCCUCACACUCACAACAACUCUGUCAAACGCCGUUCACCACCAUCAUCAUCAUCUGCUCACCAACCAUCAUCCAAGAAGCAUUCUUUUGACGCAAGCAAUCUCAUGCGUAAUGGCUUCUCUGCCAUUACACUUCCUUUCAGUCUCCGUGGGAAUGCUCUUAGCCGCUGUGUCUCUGAUCCAUGCACCUUGCCGAAUCAAUCCAUGCCGGUAAAAGGGCCGUCAACUGCUUUGCAGCCUCUGCCUCCGAUCAGUAGAUGUAUAUAUGAAGUUAUUGAUCCUUAUAAGGUUAAAGAAGCAGUUUCUUGUUAUUUGAACUCUGCUGAAAAAACUACACCUGAAUCUGAUUCAUUGAGGCUUAAAAGGAUGAAGGAUCGGUUAAAAGAAAUGAAGAAAGUGUGGGAUGAAGUUAUGGAAAACGAGGAAGAAAAUGAAAAAGAACACCAAGAAGAAGAGCCCUCUCCUGAUGCUGAAGAUGAAAAAGAUGAAAAAGAACAAGAACGAGAAGAAGAACACUCUCUUGACUCUUUUGUUGCUGAUGAUGAAAAAGUCAUAUCUCAGGAUGAAUCGGGAAAUGAUUAUGAAGAAGCUGUUAGUGUGGAGUGGGUUGAUAAGAGUUUAAACCUUACUUUCAAGUGUCCAUGUGGCAAGGGAUAUGAGGUUCUAAUCUGUGCAAACAAUUGUUACUACAAGUUGGUGUAAAAGAAUCAAAAUGUUUUAAUUGAUUCCUUCUAAUUUGGGGAUGGAUCACUUUUGUUUUCAUUUGUAGCAGCUUUUGGUUGUCACUAGAAGAACCAAUGUAUAUAUUUGAACAUCACUUGCAUUUGAAAUGAAUGAAAGUUGUUUUU